UCUCUCUCUCUCUCUCUCUGAGUUCUUGAAAUUUAGUGCAGCAAUCUACUGAUCUCUCAGAGGGAAAGCUGUACAGUCCCUCCGUCGGUCGUACGUACGUAUGUUCAGUUUGGCCGCAUCUCUUUGCCCAAAUCAUCGGCGCCCUCCGACAUCUCACGUUACCGUCGAAUUCGGCGCAGCUGAAAAAACGAAUCUUUACUCUUUGCUAGUCGAUCUCUUGAAUUACUCUCGGCUUCCUCACCCGAUUCGUGUGAUCCAUCUAACUCCAUUUCACCAUUCUCGUAAAGUUGUCGUGCAUCAUCUGCGUCUGUUAGAGCCUCCUCCUCGUUCAUCUCUCCGCAACUGAUAAAGCUGGUCCGAUGAUGUGAUCGCUCUGCGUGCCGCUUUGUCUUCUUUCGGUAUGGCGUCCAUCAGGAGAACUCUGUCGCCGCCAUAUCACGAUCGCUAUUACCAGAACGGCGAAACCCCCGUUCCGGUUUCCUCUCCGUCUCAUAAACCCUUCGCCGCCUCGGCCAAGCCCUCUUCGGCUUUGCUGGGCAUUGGUGUUUGUCGAUUUUUGGCGUUCGUUUUGCUGGGGAAGCAGCCGAGGAGGUCGUGGAGGAGAUCGUUCUAUAGAUGUUUGUUGUUUUUCCUCCUUGGGUUUCUAUUCGGCAUGACCCCUUUCGGGCAUGUGAACGAAUUGCAGGCUCAUGACUUCUCUUUGGAUAUCAAGCCGCCCAAUGUCAAUGUCAACGCUCGGUUGGAGAAAGCCAUCGAGCAUCCGGUAAGUCGCGAUGAGUUUCUGGUCAAAAGUUUAAAUCUUGAAGUAGGAGCGGGAGUCGGGGCAAAUUCAGAUGGAAGUUCUAAUUUGGUGCCUAGGAAGCAGUUGAUUGUGGUUACGCCUACUUUUACUAGAGCAGCACAAGCUUACUUUUUGCUUAGAUUAGGCCAGGUACUGAGGCUUGUGCCGCCUCCGCUUUUGUGGAUAGUGGUGGAGAUGAAUGUUGUUUCCAUGGAGACUGCGGAUAUAUUGAGGAAAAGUGGAGUUAUGUAUCGGCAUUUGGUAUGUACAAAGAAUUCCACAGAUAUUAAGGAUAGGGGUGUGCAUCAGAGAAACACAGCAUUGGAGCAUAUUGAGCACCAUAAGCUUGAUGGAAUUGUUUACUUUGCUGAUGAUGAUAAUAUCUAUUCUCUGGAGUUGUUCCACAGCCUAAGACAAAUUAGGCGUUUUGGCACUUGGCCAGUUGCGAUGCUUGCACAGAGCAAAAACAAGGCUAUUCUUGAAGGUCCAGUCUGUAAUGGAAGUCAAGUGAUUGGAUGGCACACAAAUGAGAAAAGCAAAAGACUCCGACGUUUUCAUGUUGAUAUGUCAGGGUUUGCUAUUAACAGUACAAUCUUGUGGGAUCCAAAGAGAUGGAGGCGCCCAACGCUGCGACCAAUACGACAAUUGGACACAGUGAAGGAGGGUUUUCAGGAGACCACAUUUAUAGAACAAGUUGUAGAAGAUGAAAGUCAGAUGGAAGGUGUUCCUUUUGGCUGCUCAAGAAUAAUAAACUGGCAUCUCCAUUUGGAAGCGCGUGAUCUUAUAUAUCCAAAAGGGUGGCUUUUUGACAAGAAGCUGGAGGCUGAUCUAACUGUUACGUGAUGGAAGUUCAACCAUGCUGCAGGUUCUGCACGCUGGUGCCCUCUCUCAUGUGUCGGUGACCUUUCCAUCCCCAACCACAGUCGGACCAUUUUUUUAACAAUCCAUCACAACUCAGGAUCAGAUGGUAAGCCAGGAAAGAAGAGACUGAAGAAAGUGUUUAUUUAUUUCUUUCUUAAGUAGAAUUCUUUGGUACAUUAUAUUCUUUUCAGGAGAACGGUAUUCGACGGAUGUAGAGAAGUGGCGCUGGAUCUUUAGGGAUAAGAUAGGUGAAUUUUGGAUUUUGACUCCUCACCCCUUUAGAAAUGCGACUGUGGUAUGAGUGGGGGUUAGGUUUUGUGUGCACUCAAUUUUGUUUGUGAUCAGGUCUUGUAACAAAUAGGACCAUUACAAAAGCAAACUGUCCUAGAUUUUCUUGCCAAUCAUCCGUGGCUCGGU